AUGUCUUUCAAGAGGGAAGGAGACGACUGGAGUCAACUCAAUGUACUUAAAAAACGAAGAGUUGGGGACUUGCUGGCCAAUUAUAUCCCAGAGGAUGAGGCACUGAUGCUACGAGAUGGACGUUUUGCUUGUUCCAUCUGCCCUCACCAGCCGGUACUGGACACCCUCACCAUGCUUACUGCUCACCGAGCAGGGAGAAAACAUCUUUCUAGCUUGCAGCAUUAUUAUGGCAAGAAGCAGCAAGGAAAGAGAAUGGAGCAGAAUCCAAGACAACAGAAUGAAUUAGGGGAGGAAACCAAAGCUGAGGCUCCUCUGCUGGCCCAGACUCGAUUUAUCACUCAGAGCACUCUGCAUAGAGCUCCCCAGUACAGCAGUUGUUGUCGACGGAAGUACAGACCAGAAGCCCCUGGUCCCUCUGUUUCCCAUACCCCUUUGCCACCUUCAGAUGUUGAACUCCAGAGUGGGAAGAUCAACAGGGAAUCUGAGCCUGGAGCUAAUGCACAGGCCAAGAAGCCGGCAACUGUCCCAACCCCUGCACCCAUGAGCCCCACGAAAAGACGAGCCCUAGAUCAUUACCUCACCCUCCGAAGCUCUGGAUGGAUCCCAGAUGGAAAAGGUGGAUGGGUGAAAGAUGAGAAUGUUGAGUUUGACUCUGAUGAGGAAGAACCCCCUGGCCUCCUCUUGGACUGA